AUGAGCUCGUCAUACGACGCGCGCUCGUGCCACUCCGAGCCCGCGACCUCUUUCUCGCAGGCCUCGUCCUCCCUCCCGCGCCCGCGCCACAACGAGCACCUCGCGGUCCUCCUGCAGAAGCGCCUCUGGAAGCCCGACUCCCAGGCCUCCCACUGCGACACCUUCAUCUGCCGUAAGGCGUUCAGCAUCUGGGAGCGCAGACAUCACUGCCGGAAAUGCGGCGGUGUAUUCUGCGCAGAGUGCACGAGCAGGACCACGGCCCUGCUCGACACCUCGAAGCUCUCGUUCCUCCACCCCCCGCGGAACGUCCCCAUCUUCUUGUACAACUCGCCCGACUCGCCCGUCCUCGACGCGCGCGUGUGCGACGAGUGCUGGGACCAGAUCCACGGCUGCAAGAGCCCGCGCUCGCCCGUGAUAUCCAAGCUCUCAAACCCCAUUGCGCUCGUGCGCGACACGGAGAGCAGCACCGGCUCCGGCUCCUCAUCCGUGUCCUCUUCCAUUAGCACGCCUCCGGAUGGCUCACCGCUUUCCGCACUCGCGUCGCGCCCGGCGCUCCGACGCACCCCUACUUCCCCGCGCAUCCCUGCGUCCCCGCUCCGCUCCACCACCCCCGUUCCGCAGUCUAUCGCUGUCUCCGUCGCCCACCUCUCCGACUCAGAGCUCUCUCUCGGAGAGCUCGACUCGUAUCCGCUGAAGCGCGCGAGCAGCGUUUGCAAGGCGAAUGGCGGCGGACGGUGGGAGCCGAAGCCCAUUCCCGAGUAUGUCGCGAAGCGCAUCCCGGGAUGCAAGCCCGCGUACGAGCUCGAGAUCGAGCAGGAAGCGGAGGAGCGUCGGCGGCGCCGCGCGAACCCGGUCAUCAAGGAUGGUGACUUCCAACUUCGUGCGCCUCGCGAGAUCGAGCCACGCUCGCCGGCGGGUCCCAUCACGCUCUCUACCUUCUGA